GAUUGUUGCACUACAAUGUUGACUUUUUUCCAUAUGAAUUAUCAGUUGUCUACUUAAAAUCGCUCUCAUGUAAUCAGACCCAAGCGCUGCCUUGAACUAAAUGAUUGAAAAGCAUGGAAACCGUACCAGAACGUCCCUGGUCUAAUCAAGCUCAGAACAUAGUUAUUUUAUCCACAUUAUUCCUCGUCAUCUUCAUAGACGCCGCAGCAUAUUCAUUGUAUGCACCAUUUUUCCCAAGCGAGGUGAGAUGUUCUUCAAUUCUUUGCAUUGAAGGCAUUAUUUACAAUAUUUUCAAUGUCUCACUGUAUUUUCGAAAUGAAUUUUUGAAUGUAGUGCCUUUAUAGAAUAAGUUAUACCUAGUAGUGCCCACUGAUCACGGAUCUGAAAAUGCAAAUUUUCUCUUAAUUAAAUGCUUGUCUUUGUGUAUACCUAACUGAACUGAUUAAUUUAAGCCUAAAACCAGAGCUUAUUUUAUUACAGUCAUUAUCCGUAGAGCAUGGUGUAGUUCCAGAAAAUAUCCAUGCCCCACCCCCCCUCCCAACAAAGGGCACUUUUGUUUUAGACCCCUACCCUCCUGGACCGAGUUGUUCAAAGCUGGGUUAAGAUAACCCAGUGUUAGUGCGAGAUUUGAAUUCAGGUUUAAAUCUUAAAAAGCAUUUCAGUUUUAAUUCUUUUUGUUUGCAAGUCGAUGAUUGAAAGCUCUACAUGUAACAGAGAAAAUUAUCCGAGAAAAUGCUUUUGAACACAAGAAAGAGAAACCCGGGUUAAGCGCUAAUCGGCCUUUGAACAACUAGGCCCUGAGGAAGUGCUUGUCAUACCCCUCUUUCCCCAGGAAUUUCCGUGAUUUUUCAAUUUUGGCUGGGUACCCUUGGAAAGGAUAUAUUUCCGUCAAAAGUGUUGUUGCACUGUACUAUUAUGCGAAAUGUGAUUGCUUUUGCGAUAUAGUGAGAAAAAAAAUUUAUUCAUUUUAAUACAUGGUCUAGUAAACUCAAUUAUUCCUUGUAGAGGUCUUUCCUAGCUAAUGAUUAACGGUAGGCCACUGCCGGAGGAUCAUGGAGGCGAAUACCUUCUUAUACUACAACACUACCAACACUACACGAGAGAUGCCAACUGUAAAAGAAUCAGUUAUACAUUCAAACUAAACUCCAAGUGAACUUCUUUCAGUUAAAACAUGAUAUAAAAGAAGGCUUAGAACAGCACCACAUCACGGUGAAUGUCAUAAUUGUAAUACCAUAAUAAGCAACAGAUAGAUAGGCGGAAGUUUAUUCUUGAGCCGAUGACAACUGUAUUUUAAUACAAAGAUCAAAGAUCAUCAAUGAAAACAACAAUUCUUGUUUUGAAACACUGGAAAAAGAUUUGGAAAGGCCACUCCCAUUCCCCUCGGAAUUCGCCUCCUUUGGACCCCCCUCCCCUGAGAACUUCCUUUGCCCUCCGUGGGGAGAGUAUGGAUAUUUUCUGGAACUGCAAAUUCCAUAAAAAAAUUGCAGUUUUGCUGUAACUAAUUCCAUUGGGUUAUAGGUUAGUUUACAAGUUAAUACAAGCAUAAGUAUAAGUAGCGGGUGGAGGCGCGCUCUUCGAUCUUCCUAGAUAAAUCCUCUCCUCGCAGGGUAAAGCAUAAGUAAACAGAGUACGAAAAUUUAUUCAUAACUUUACUAUACAGUAAUUACUUCCGUCUCAUAUUAAAAGCUUAGAUAAGUCGUUUCCACAAGUGUAAUUAAAAGGGACUGAAAUUUGCGAGUCAAUCGAUAAUUCCCUGCAAGCAUAAGCAGAAGAAUAAACCAUCCAAGUUACAAAUCAUAAAAAACUCUAGAUAACCGCGCUUUUUUGUUCAAUCAGUUCUGCCGCUAAACUUUGGAAUGAUUUACCGCCGCCACACAUAAGAUUGGCCCCUUCUGUCCUAAGAGCAGUGUAGUUUUCAUUUGCCAUUUUAUUGCACCUUUGUUUUAAACAUCCAUGCCACACUCAUGGGCAUUUAUCUCUCUUUACUUCAAAUCCAGCCUUUGAUCAUGAUUUAAUUCUGGUGGAAAAAGCAGUGUAAUUAUUAUGUUACUUUUUAGGCCUUAUAAUCACAGACCUUACUGGUAAGCCUUCUCGCCCGAACUUCUUCUUCUUCUUCUUUGCAUAACAAUAAUGUAAUAUUUUUUUCUUUUUAUUUAAAAUCUUUAUUUUUUUUAUUAGGCGGAAGAUAAGGGAGUAUCCACCACUGUUGUAGGAUUAAUCUUUGGAACUUAUCCAUUGGGAAUGUUUAUCUUUUCUUUAGCAUGCGGAUUUCUUGUAAGUGGUUUCCGACAUUAAUUUACGGUACAAUAAAUGACAGGUCAAUUAUAAAUUACUUUACCUGUUGGCUCUAUUUAAAUUGCUUCCUAAGCAACUUUAAUACACAGAUCACAUUUUCUAUCACGAUUACCUCGAUUUACACGGGUUUUAAUUAAAAUAGAAUGCGUUCAAUUGAUAAUCAAAAAUAGUAGAUCCAAGAUGUCGGAUGGUUCCAUUUCCUUAUUCAAUAAUAUAUGACGUCAUCACAACAUCACUUCCACUGUUAAAGUUCAUAAUGUGUUAGCCAACUUUAUGAUUUCAUCAAUCAAGUUUUCACUAGUUGUUGGAAAUGAUGAGUACAUUUAUAUUAUUCUGCGUAAUUUCUGUGGCUGCAUAAUGAGCGGUUGUUAAGUUAUAGCGUAGGGGCCUUCGGACCCUCGGAUUCAGAAAACGUCUGGUCUGAAUACGGGAAAUAAUGACAGAGAUAUUUAAGCACAAACACUUUAAUUUUUUUACUAAAUGAAUUUUAAACUCAAUCUUUCAGAUAACAAAGUUUGGUGCUUUCUCCGUGCUUUUAUCAGGAUGUCUUGUUUGCGGAGGGUCCCUUAUUAUGUUUGGGUAGGCUUUCUUUCUUUCUUUGCGGAUUCAAAAAUAUGUAACCUCAGAUCAGGCUCUGUUUUCUCUUCGGUUCGUAAAUUAAAAAAAAAAAACAUUACGACGGGCAAGGCGAAACGAAAAGAGAAAAGAGAGCCUGAUACAACCCUUUUACGAAACGUCUGCUGCCCACUUUUUUUUGAUUGAUUGACAUUUGCCGAAUCAGCCAACCAAAAUUACUUCCGUUGCAUGCUUUAUUAGUAUGCAAAUUUAUCAUACGCGGGAUAAAUGCAGACUCGCUGACUUAAAAAAUAGCUUUUAUCUUUUUUUGUCUUUUUUUCGCAACUAACAAUAAAACAGUCAUCCAAUCACAUUUAACUUCUUGCGAGAAUAAAGGAGAUCCUGAAGGUUAUUUCUGCUGCCAUAGAAGGUAAAACGUUUUCGAAAAGACGGCGAGACGAUGUUCUAGUUUAAAUAUUUUGGCUGGGAGCACUCGAUUUUUAAAAUACUGAAAUUUCUUUUUCUCUUUUCUGUUGCCUUGAUAUUUUCCGCGGCAAUUUCCCCCGAUGUUCAGUGCAUAAAUCUUUAAAACUCUUGGAGAGAUAUAUCGCAAACUUUUUCAAAGGAUAUAUAAAUUAUCUCAGAACAAACCAAACGAGUUCUCAAGUGCAUUUAAUUUAGUCCACUCGAAAUUUGUGAACUUACUAGACAAACAAACGUCUAAAAAAGUAUUUUUUCAUAAAUGUAGGUAAAUAUUAUCACCCGCUUUGGAAAGACGAAACGACGCUAAUAAAACUGCAUGCUCAACUGACCUAAAACGAAAAUAAAAGCAGUAUUGCUUAUUAAGUGCAAACUCAUUUUGUAGUUCUCCUUAGUGUUGUGUCGUUGUUUUACUGCAGGUGCGAAAAGCUCGCUAAAUUUAUUAAUCGAAAACAGCCAACGAGCUCGGACAACAGUUUUCCUGGUUUAUUUUUACAAAAAGCGAAGGCAAACAACAAGUCUGUUACCUUAACCGCACUAGCAGCUUUUAUAAUAAUGCCUACAAAAAUUCCCGUGAACAGCGAUGCGAUAUUUUUCGUCCAUUUUAAUAAACGAAAAAUAUCAUCACAGCUAGCGAUUGAGGUUUCUUUCGCUUAUUUCUUUUCAUAGCUGAAUGAUGUAGUUCCCUCCAAAGUUUCGUAAAAUUAAAACAGUUAUGACAAAAAGUCCACCAUAGCUUAAUGCGUUUUUUGGAUAAUGGAGCCACAUUAAGCAACGAGAAAAAGCAUUCAUAUUUAUAAAGCUUUCUCUGUUUUAACAUACCGAGUAAAGAAAUCCGGUGACUGCCUAUAAUAGCGUAACGUUCAAAAGAAACCAGUUUUAAGAUGGACAGUAUUUUGACUUGCACUUGUUUGUUGGUAAAUCAAAAGGCGUCUUGUUCGCUGUCAACAAACCUGCAGAGGGAUUCAACUCCCCGAUCGAAACUCACAUUAGUUUUGUAAAUGAAGCAAAUUCUGAAAAGAUAUGGACAAACAUUUGAAUUUUCUGAAUUUGCAUGACACAUAUUAAGGCAUAUUUUCCUACCACAAGACCGUAAAACAAUAAAAAAGAUAGCAAAAUCCUUUUCUUUGCUGACGGCGGAUCAUUAAACUUCCGUUUAUUUCAACAGCCAAUCAGAUCCUGUGGCAUUGUUCUGACAGCGAAUCAGCGUUGCGGCCAAAAUCUGGCCGCAGUGAGCACAAACUUCUAAGACUUUGGAUCAGGCCCAACUUUAGCGGGAGCACGUAAGAGACAAUGUAUGAGACUGCUUAAAUUGGGCCUGAUCUCAGGUUAAAAAUAUCCGGAUAAAUGUGGACCGAGGCCUAAACGAGGCAUUUGCGCCCACGCGAGAACAACAGCAACAACAAACAAAAAGUCAAAAACAACAACAACAACAACAACAAAAAAACACCAUUAACCUUAAGGCUAUCAACAAAGAAAACAAUAAGCCAACCAGCAGGUUUUUUUUAUCUCGGCAAGACUACAGACCAUCGGCAAUCUACAGGCCAAAUACAGGGCACAGCCUUCAUGGUACAGUCCUCAACCUUAAACCGUUUACAGUUUGUAAGAAUAAAAGCUGUGAGUACAAUUGAAAAUGACGCGUGACAUCUCUUCUACAAUGAUACACGGAUACGACUACGGAUAAACGUAUAUGCAACUAAUGGCACUUCUAUCGGAAAAGCAAUUAGGAGAUGGCAAGAAAAUGAAAGGGUUGUAAUUAUUAUGGGCAAAGAUUUACAUGUAUGCUCCAGGCCGUACUUUAUAGUUACUUUAAAUGGUGGCGGCACUUUGAAAAGAACUAAAAAAAACGAUUCAUGCAAAUUUUAUGUCGGCUUAAACCUUAUUCCUUUCGCUUCAGUAGUUUAAGAACAACUUGUUGUAACAGCCCGGAAGGUUUCCUUGAAGGCAUUGCAUCACAAUUUCGGAUUAACGAAACCCGCGUCAUAUAUGAAUACGUUUACGUUUCAUAGUGAACUGUACUUUUAUAGAUGGAAAAAAAGCACUUCAUUUUGAAACGUUCGUUACAGUAACCAUCUAAUUUGUCUUAUUUUGUUUCAGACUUUGUGGCUUCAUUUCCGAUACGGCUAUGUUCGUAGCUUUCUGUUUUCUGCUGAGAGCGACUCUUGCAAUAGGAGGGUCAGCAUCAGAAGUCGCAGCCUUAUCCAUACUCAUAGGGAAAUUUCCCAACAAUGUUGGAGCAGUCACAGUACGUUAUUUGUGUUAUGAUAGCGGAACAAUUAGUUCAUUUGGUAAAGCACUGGUCUAAAUAACGUGAGGUCGAGUGCUUUGUCUCAAAAUAAUUCAGGACAAAGAUGCUGCCUGGCGCCUGCAAAACCUUUGCCUGUCUUGGAUGACAAAUCCGGCAGAGCUCGGCAGGGAAUAAAGCCAAUGUCCUAGAUAGUAAUACACGCUAUAAACAUGGGAAUAAGAGAGCAUUUUUGCCCCAAGCAUUUACUAAGUAAAACAUGCAAAAGAAAAGUGAACACUGAUUGGCUCUUCUGACUGCCUCCGCCUACUUUGAUUGCAUGGCAAGAGUGACUCAGAUUUUGAGUUUCCGACUUAUGUUGUCAAAUGCAGAAGUACUGGAGAACCAAAAAAAGGUUGAAUGUUCAUGUUAAUAAAGACUUGUUCAAUUCCCUUUAUGCUGAGGAUAUCCUUUUGUUUCUAAAACUGGAGUUAAUAAGCUCCAUUUUCACCGGCGUGAAAAAAGAAGGAACUAUAAAGAGGAAAUGCUCGAAUCAUUAGCUUUUUCGUUCCCUUUUUAUUCAGUGUUUUUACAGUGAUAAAAUUGACUUUUCAAUCACAUUUUUGGUUUUCUCUCUACCCAACGAAGCGACACCUUUUAAUCAAUUAAAAUUGACUUGACACAAACCUCUUUAUUCCUAAUAACCUCUACUAUUUUCUUUUGUUUUCGCUUUCUUAGGGAGCCAGAGCGACAUCUUAUGGAGUUGGGCUUUCCCUUGGUCCAGCUUUAGGAGGAUUUCUUUACUCGGUAUGUUAAAACAGAGAAAGCUUUAUAAAUAUGAAUGCUUUUUCUCGUUGCUUAAUGUGGCUCCAUUAUCCAAAAAACGCAUUAAGCUAUGGUGGACUUUUUGUCAUAACUGUUUUAAUUUUACGAAACUUUGGAGGGAACUACAUCAUUCAGCUAUGAAAAGAAAUAAGCGGAUUUUACUGAUGUUAAAUAAUUUUUUACGAAAUUAGCGGUUAAGUGGAUCCAUCGCGUCUAGUAAAAAAUGUUGCUGAUAUUUUUGACUGAAAUUUCUGGUAUGGGCUUUUAUUGAUAUAAUAACUGAUGCCAUAUUAAUUUCAGAGGAAUCGUUGGAGCAGAAGUCCGUAACUAGAAAAUCGUUUGAAAUUCAGCCAUGAAAUUGAACGAGCCACCAAUUCGAAUUUUCUAAUGUUUUCUAAUUCUUGAAACGAUUAUCAAUCGUGCCAUUAUUUAAGAGGUACUUAGUAGGAUUCCGGAUUCCUUGAGCUGUAUUCCGGAUUCCAAAGCCCAGGGUUCCGGAUUGCACAAGCAAAAUUUUCCCGGAUUCCACAGGCAAAAAUCUCCCGGAUUUCGGAAUCCGUAUUUGGCCUUACAUGGGGGGACGGGUGAGUAAACUUUUCAUGGCUAAUAUUUACGCUGUCUACAUCGCAGUAAAACUGGUGGUGUUCAGAUAAGGGUUGAUAAUAUGUAAUAUUUUCAAAGAAACUGGUUUGUAUUUUUACGUGAAGAUACUUAAAGAAGUCAGGUUGUCAGAAAAUUUAUUAAUUCUUCUCGAAAUUCAAUCUGUCUGGAAUAACGGAGGCCAGGAACAUUCACUAAGUACUGAUGACAGGUGCCCAGUGUCCGGCCAGUUUUUGUUUUCCUGUGCAAUGAAUUAGCUGUGUACAUUAUCCGGGCAAGAUUUAUGUCAUAUCUAUAACAAUAAUUAAAGCUUAGGUUAUAUAAUGUAAUUCUACUCAACUCCUUAUGGAAAUUUUCUUGACUCAUUCAGAGGCGAAUUGAUUUCCUAUGCACGGCUUGUUUCGCGUGACUGCAGUGCGUUAAUUUUUUCAUAUAUAACUGGAAGCGCGAAGUUGAAACGGGGAUUCUCACACAAAUGGCAGGGGCGGCAGGGGCGUAGUCAGCAGCCUAUAGACCUGUAGGGCCGAGCCUACAAAUAUUUCGUUUGAUUGCUCUACCGCUUGUUAUAAAUUAUGCAUUCUUGGGGUGAGCUAAAAGCUUAAAUAGCAGUCAUAACUGUUAUCUACGUAAUAAAUCAUAUUAACUAAAAGAGCCAUUAGCAUUGUAUUUAUUUUUAAAACUUGUUAUAUUACACAUUCUUUGUAACUAGUUUCCUUUCAGUUAUUUUUCUAGCAGCGAGUGUUAAUUUUUGUUCUUAUUUCUGACAACCCGCAUCGAUUAUAGCUAUGCUAAUUAACUGCAGUUUGUAAUGUUUAUAACACACUUUCUUUAUAAAAAUGACUUGUUCUUUUUGCUGUCAGUGUUGGUGAGGCCAGUGGGUACUAGCCAUGCGUGCAAUUUCCAGGGUAUGUGGAAAUGAAAGUCAGUCAGGCCUACAACUAGUCGAAAAGCUGGUUACGCCCCUGCAUGGGGUUGCAACGGCCUGAAAAAUUUGUCAUUAAAGGGAUUGCGAGAUGUGAAAGAAGGAGGAAUUAGUGCUAGAAGACGGCAGCCCAAAUAUGGAGACUGUGCACGAGGAAAAUCAACACUGUACAUCAGACUAUUUGGGAGAGUGACCUUUGACCGGCGGAAUGGCCCUUCUCCUUUUUUUUUUUUCUUUUUUUUUUUUACAAAAAAUGAAGGAAAAAACUGGUUCGCAGAUUGGCUAAUUGAGCUUGCAUUUUAUAGGAAAAAUAUCAGGAUUUUUGUUAGUUUCUUUUCUCAUUUUUUUCUCCCCACAUCUCCAACUUUACUGAUCAGCCCGCUCGUCAUUUGUUACGUUUUGUUUCACGAUGCUAGGUUCCCAGGUUGAUUUAUAUUUUUGGGAUCGAAUGCCAGGCCACUUUGCAAGCUUUUGCAAGUGCAACAGAAGAUUAAGGGCCUGUUUACAUGGAGGCGGGGGACCCUAGGUAGGUGAGGUAACCGGCUUAGAAGUGGUAACCCGCUUGUCCAUAUAACCUCUCAUUUUAAUUUGAUCACGUUUACAUGAUAGGUGUGGUGACCCGUCAAGGUGGGCAGCCCGGUCUGCAAGACCGGGUUACCCUCUCAGCCGGGGUCAAAUUUUGCCAUGUAAACGUUUCAAGGUGGGGUAACCCGCCUAGCCGGGGUCGGAUUUGUGAUACUUCAAAUUCGCGCAAAAUUCACUUUGGCGUUGGCUUUGCAUCAUUAUUAAAGUUAACAAUAGAGAGCCACAUCACUGAAGGUUUCAGCAAGAGCAGCAACUGAGUGUAGAAGAGCAUUAAUCGCCAAAACACGAGGUUUGCCAGCAUUUUUCUUGUUUACGUGCUUAGCGACCAUUCAAUAGUCUUGAGAAAGUGCACCCCGGGAUAGCGGGGUUGUAACAUUGCAUAUAAAGGAGGGUUAUGUUUUUACGCCACCUAAGCAGGUUACUUCACCUAUCUGGGGUUCCCCACCUCUAUGUAAACAGGCCCUGAAAGUCUGUUUGUCUGUCUGUCUGUCUGCUUGUCUUGUCUGCUUGUCUGUCGAAAUUUAUGUAUAAUUGCAUUGUUAUUGUUGUGGCCGGAUACUGGGCAACAUAGGAGCUCUGCCAAAAUAUUAAUUUCGGGAUGGAAAAGAAGGCAAAAAAAAAUUAAACUGUCUUUCAUCAUGUUAAGGACUAAAUAAAUUGUCUAUGGGCCAAAUUUCAGAACUAUUGCGACCAAGAAAGGAAAGUUAUUGCAAUGUGUUAAACAGAAGUUGCCGGAUACUGGGCAACAUGCUGUACAGUGAAACCUGUAUCAACAAGACACCCACAGUUACCCACGCCAGAGUCUGCGUAACAAAAAUGUCUUUCUAAGAAAGUUCGUAACUCUUCGUGACUUUAUAUAAAAGGCUGUUAGCCUUCUAGUACAGGAUGUCCGCUUAACAUGGGUUCUGCUUCGUACAGGUUUCUCCGCUGUCAUCAUUCCGAUAUGAUAAAAUGUUCAUAUUUUAGAAGAAGGGAAAUUAUCCUUCUAAAACUCAGGCGAAGUCUCAUUUAGGUCACGUUUUACAGCAAUGAGUUGAACGUCAGAUCUUUUAUAGUCUUAUUCUCACACGCAGGUCGGUGGCUUUACAGCUCCAUUUACUGUGAUAGGCUGUGUUAUGAUUUUCACAACUCCAUGGGUUUUCCUGUUUUUACGAAGAACAGGUUAGUAAAGAAAACUCUAAGCUUCUUUAUUUUGCAUUGAAGAAAUCUUUGGCCAACUAGCCUGUACCAGACUCUUGGUCAGAGUGGACGAGUAAAAAAAGCAAGUAUUUUCACGUCGUAGUCGUGCAAAAACGGAAAAGAAAUGAACAAAAAGUGUGACGCACGUGCGAAGUUGUUGUCUUACUUAUUGAAUAAGGUUAUGAUCAUGAUUGGUCAAAAUUGACCAAUUAUAGGGUUUACCAGGAGCUGGUGUACCGGAAUGAGGUAUUGAAAACAAUGCUUACAGGCCCCACUUACCUGUCUCUCGCCACCUCCCCCGCGGUUUUCGGGCAACUUUUCUCGAUGCGCUUUCC